UCUUAUCUCGUGCACUGUGUUGACCACAGGGAGGAGCUGCAGUGAUGCCUUGCAGUCGGUUUUCAACCUCCACAGAGGAGAAAAACAACAGAAAUAUCAUUCACUUGGAAACUGCAGCAGGAGGAUCUGCUAUCAGGAGGAGACCAUGGACCAAGUAACCUCAGAACCACAGGCCAGCUGCUUUAGAGGUUUCAGUGGAACAAGUAAAGAUUUCACACUCCCAUUCCUGCCGUAAGCUGAUAGGAGUGAAGAAAAAGAGGCUGUGGGGCGGCAAACUGGUCCCAAGGCAGACAUAUAAACUCACCUCAGCAACCGUGGACAGAAAUUAUGACCACAACCAUGGUCCAACCGGAUAGGUCCCGAAUAGAAAGAGAGGAGACACUCUUUGUCAUUGAAUUGAUUGUGUCCUUCAGCACAAGAGCAAAACUUCCACUGAAGGGAAACUCGGAAAACACAUUAUUACCAAGGUCAGAGCCAUUAAUGUUUGUUUAGUGGAGAUCCGAUUUGAGCCCAAGCAGUCUCUCAAACCAUUAAAACACAAUCCACGAUGGAAACCAGUGGGAAUCCUGUUGAGGAGCCUGCACCCAUCCUGUAUUUGGAUUAUCUUAUGUUAACCCUCUACACGCAUGAGGCUAAUUGACUGUUUAAUGGAACCAUGGGCCUGGUAUAGCCCCUGCACCUUGUGGUGUCCGUCAACUUGUCUGCAGCAAACCAGCUGUUCUCCCUCAGGAAACAUUUCAACAUCCCCAUGGGCAAAUCCUGCCAUUUCUCUGUCCAGGCGCCAAUCAUAUUGCGCCCCUCGGAGCGAUGCGCGCCGCGCGCGGAUCCCAACUCCACUGGACAACUGUGGAGCUGCAGCCGCGCGCGACUGCGACACGCGACACGCAACUCGCCCCGAACCCAGCAGACUGCAGUGGGUUUGACAGGAGCGCAGCGGCGACGACGACGACCAGAGAAACUUUUUGGAGACUUGAUUGCCUUUUGGGAAUCUGCCGAGCGCGUUUCUGCGCAGAGAUCACUACGACAGGCACCCGACAAAUAGAUGGGACAACAGAACACGCGAGAACUCGAGUCCCUCCAGCUGUGUGCACGGUUCCUUUUUGCCAACUUUGUGCACUAGCUCCUCCGAUCUGCCCCAGUCCGUGCGAGCAGAGGAGCAGGCUGGAUGUGGCAGGAGACGGGUCACUGAGCUGCAGCGAGCCGUGUGCGAGUUCCCCCCCAGUCCCCAACUCUCCAAUGUCACCGGACAGGAUGAUGAUCAUUGGACUUCUGCUCAAUGUCUUCUCUCACGGUAGUGUUCCAGUAUCUGCAUCCUUAGAUUGUCUGGUGGCGGAGCAGGGCUGCAUCCAAGAGCAUUCCUGCAUGGUUCUCUACCGACUGCUGGAGUACUGUGCAGCUGAGGAGGCGGUGUCGCCCCUUGGCCCAGAUGCCCGCUUGGAGUGCCUGGAGGCCCAGAACGCCUUGCAGCAGUACCGGCCCCUUCAAGUGUGCAAGUGUCAGCGUGGCUCUCGCAGGGAGGAACACUGCCUCAGGGUCUACUGGACUGUGAGAUUUGCAGCUUAUGAUGAGUAUGAGGUGUCCCCAUAUGAAGAACUGGAAUUAAAUCUGGUGAGAAACAUUGAGAUGUCUCGCAUGGCCUCCAUCAUGGCAGCUUCCACUCUUUCUGUCGAUGGCCAAAACCAGUGUCUGAAGGCAGCUCAGGACUGUGGCCUCUAUGAAAAAUGUGGCUCCUUGCGGUCCGAAUAUGUCGUAGCCUGCACCAAGAGAGCAGCCGUCUCCGAGAACAACUGCAACCGCCAGAAAUGCCACAAAGCCCUGCGGCGCUUCUUGGAGCGCGUACCAGAAGAGUACAGCUUUGCUCUGCUCUUCUGUCCGUGCUCUGACACUCUGUGCGGCGAGCGCCGGAGGAAAACCAUCGUCCCAUCAUGCUCCUAUGAGGAGAAUGUGAAAGGGGAGGAAAGAGCGGGCAAGCCCAACUGCCUCAGCCUGCAGAACUACUGCUCCAGAGAUGAGCUGUGUAGAUCACGGUUUGCUGAUUUCCAACACAACUGCCAGCCCUCCCCUCUGUCUGCCUCUGGCUGUACGCGAGAGAGCAGAGCCAUGUGCUUGAAGGCCUACGCUGGACUCAUAGGAACCAUCAUGACUCCCAACUACGUGAGCAACAGCAGCACAGAAGUGUCCCAGUGGUGCACGUGUGACGGCAGUGGGAACGAAUGGCAGGGCUGCCAGCGCAUCCUGCACAUGUUCAGCAACAACAUAUGUCUGCGCAAUGCCAUCAGCUCCAUGGGAAUCUUUGCACCUCCUGCAGUGGAAAACACUCCUGUGCCAGCUUCUCAGCCCUCCUCACGCGUCUACCAGGAGAUCGUCCAUGUCAGUGUGAACACACUGCCUGAGUUCACCAGUAUGGAUGAGAGCGAGGGAGUGGAGCAGGAGGAGGAAGAAAGCGAGGAAUUCAAUAUCAUCCCACCUUAUUCAGAGAAGGACUCUAACAUUGAAUCGAGGGCCAGGGGGAGUCAGCGAGGAGCAUCUAGCCGAGCAGUACCUGUGUUUCCAUUACUGCUCCUGCCCACUCUCGUCCUGGACUGGAAGUGUUGGGGCUACUGAAGCCUCCAUCUCAUUCUACGCUCAUAUUUUACACUUGCUACCACUUUCAAAUCCAUCACAGCACUCAGAAGGAACCGCAGAAGACAUUUGUGAGGAAGAAAUGUAAAUGCUAUCUCUAAACUUUUCUCAGACUUUCUCUUUUUCAUUUUCUUAGAAAAAACACUGACAUUAUACUUAUGAUUCUGUUCCUCCUAUCACUGCCUUCUCAAGUGUUCAAAGAUACCAGUCGUCCUUCAGUAUCUGCUAUGUAGCUGCACGAACCCCUAAGAAAAGAAGGGAUCAAUGUGAGCAUAUAUAUGAAUGCAUGGGUGAAUUGAGAAGUGCUGUCUGGGCAAAAUACUCUAUCUAGAGCUGGCUUCACACUCAAAGUGCAUCCCCUCUUUUAACAAGAAGCACAUCGCCCAAGGCCACAUCCACUCUAUCUCUUCCCAAAACCCAUAACCAGUCUACUCCUGUGCAAGCGGACCUGAGCAUGGCUUUUGAUUUCUAUUUCAUGACUCAUGUCCCAUCCAUUUCUCUGCUGCCCCUCAGCUCUUUCCCUCCUUCACACUGUGGUUGACUAAAAUAAUCCACUUUAAAACAAGCUAAUAAGAAACUGCACCUCAGUGAAACUGCUUUGUGGAAGAACAUUUUUAUUUUUCAUUUACUUCAUUUAUAAAAGUGAUAAGACCUGAACCGAUGCAUUCCCAUAUUAUGUAUAUGAGAGACAUUAUGACUUCUUAGCCAUUUGGUUGUCCUAUCUUUGUGCACCAAAAAGCAGAGUGCAACAGUCCCUCCGCUCUGCUUCUUUUGUUAACACGUCACUUAGUAAAGUUCCUACAGGGGCAAAUGGCUGAGAAUUCAACCACGGGGAAAUACAUGAGAUCAAGUUCUUUUUGUAGAAAUGAUGAGCAGAGAAAAGCGACGUAAGCAAUUACUGCACAAUUCAAAUUGCUCAGCAUGCAGGGGGAAGUCUGGAGUAGGGCUCAGGGGAGGAGAUAGCCAAUUUACUGCUGUCAUACCCUCUCACUUUUUUAUCCUUAGGAGAUGUGUUUUUAGUGCUCCUUCCCCAUCAUGUGCUUUAGAUGUUGUGAGAGCGAGAUGUGGAGAUAGGGAUGGACACAGGAGGCUGUAAAGCCUGCUGGCUGCUCUGAUCAUUGAGCAGCAUAUUGAGCCAUUAUCUCUGCCUGAAGUAUCUUUUGCUGAUGUUAAUGAUUUUUUCUCUUAUGGCUCAUUUUCUUGUGAAAUUGUAGGUGAAGAGAAGUAUGGUGAAGUUAAAAAAAAAAAGAAGAUGGAUAAACUUUUCUAAUUUGAGGAUGAGUUUGCAAGAAACUGAACUCAUGAAAGCUUUAUUACAUAGAUUUAAUUUUAUUCAAAACAAUCACUAUAUGUAAUGUAAUAUUUGCAGUGAUGGUGAUGCAGACCACUUCACUGUCUUCAGACAGAUCCAAGCAUCUCCAAAAGCAUAUCACUGAAUUAGAAUCAUUGGAUUAUUGCACAAGCCAAAAGAGCACAGCUGCACAUGAUCAUGCCAUCCCGCAUCAGAGACACAGUUUGAGUGGCAGCACAUGUAAAUCACAAUUAGAUGUCUGAAUAUCACUUGAGGAGGCAGUUUGACAUUUUUUUGCCCCUGCUGCUGGACUUGUUUACAAGAUGGUUCGUUGACACAAACACUGAAGUUUUGAAGAGGACAAUUGAAAGGCACAAACGCACUGGAAGCAUAUGAGCUAUAUGCUUUUUUCAAAUGCAUGUCCACUUCACUUACUCUUCAAGCUUAUUAGUCGGACUAGAAUGGAUGCUUUUGGAAGUUUAACAGACUCUCUGUGACUGUUACCCACUUCAGGGCAGAAAGACACCAUGUGACUUUUUGACUACUUUCUUGCUGCAGGAGGUUAAGAAGUGGAUGAGGAAAAGGCCACUUAACAAAGCUCUGAAGUGUGACUGCAAGCUUAGUAUGUAUAAAAAGGAAUCACUAUGCUAUUUGUUGAGAGAAUAUUUAAAAUACAAACACUGGUAUCCAAAUAUAUGAACCAGACCCGGACCACAUAGGAGGCAGGUUGAUAAAUAAACAGGCUACAAAAACAUUAAUCAUCACAGUGUUACGGUGCAGCGUCAGUGAUGCUGCUAAUUCAAGUCUCUCAGCUGCAGUGAGUGAGAAAGCAUCAAUUUAACAGCAUCCAGUGGCAAGUGUCAAUAAUUACAUCCAGUGCGCUCUGGCCUUAAUGACCUAAUAUGAGUUUACAUGUAUUUUCACAUUUCAAUACAUUUGUUUAUAUUUGUAAACUAUGUAAAGUAUACAUUUACAUCAACAUGGCUUGUACUUUUUUUGACGACUUAAUGAAAAGAAAAGAAAAAAAAUCUUAUUCACCACCCAUAAAUACAAUUCUUGUAGAACGUGUGAAUAUUCCUAAACUUUUUUUCAAUUUUUGUUGAUUGUAUCUUGAAAGUUGAGAGAAAAUGUACGGUAAUGUUUCACACCUUGUUUUGAAGAUAUAUCCAACAUGCCAAAUAGUGCUGACUACAAUGUGUAAUAACUGUGUAAUUUUGUGACAUAGCAGGAAGUGUGCAGAUUUGGUUAAACAAGAAUAAAAGCCACACUGGAAAUUUCCCCAUAUGACAGAUAAACCUGCUUUACUUUAA